CCACAGCACAUGCAGCUGUCCGGCCCGUUGGACUGCCCCUAUGUCACCGAGACUCUAUUUUGGGGACAUGUGUUGUUACAAAGGUCAGAUAAAGAAGCAAAGGCAUCCCAGCAGAGCAGGGAGGAGAGAAGGUGUCGGGUAGAAGGCGCAGAGACUCACAUCACUUACACACACACAACAAAGCGUGCAAACAGAGAGACGGGACAGCACGGACAGGAUCGACUUUGUUAGAUCAAUCUCUACUCUCAAGGGUUCUAUCGGCGUAAUGGACGGAGAUGCAGAGAGAACCCGGCAGACGGACACAGGUGGCGACAAGACGACAGACGGACCGGAGCUUGUGGAGGGUAAAGACCCAGGAGGCGGGACUCCAAAAGGGGACACAGAAGGUCAGGGGGUCCAGGGGGUGGAGGAUAAGGUGGCACAAGGGGGAGGUGAGGAACCCCGGGCAGCUGCUUCAGAGUGGACUGAAGAUAAGGACGAGGCGUCUCCUGGUGUUGACAGGGAGGAACCUGGAGAGGAACUGGAUGAAGCGCAGAGGGAGGAGGGUGAGGGUGAAGAACAGGUGGAGGAGGUCCAAAAUAGAGACGCUCUCAAAGACGGAGAGGAGAUGCAGACUGGGAGAGUCCAGGAAAAGAUGAAUGAGGAUAAAUAUAUUGAUAUGGUGAGUGAGGAAAGGGGCGCUGAUAAGGUGAAAGAGGAAAAAAGUGUCGCUAAGGUAAGCAAGGAAAGGGAUAUUGAUAAGGUGAAAGAGGAAAAAGUUAUUGAUGAGGUGAAAGAGGAAAAUGACACUGAUAAGGUGAAAGAGGAAAAAUGUGUUGAUAAGGUGAGCGAGGAAAAAGGCACUGAUAAGGUGAAAGAGGAAAAAAGUGUUGAUAAGGUGAGUGACGAAAAAGGUGUUGAUAAGGUGGGAAAGGAAAAGAAGCCUGAUAAGGUGAAAGAGGGAAAAUAUGUUGAUAAGGUGAGCCAGGAACGGGACACUGAUAAGGUCAAUAAGAAAAAGGGUGUUGAUAAGGUGAAAGAGAAAAAAGGUGUUGAUAAGGUGAGCGAGGAAAAAGGCACUGAUAAGGUGAAAGAGGAAAAAAGUGUUGAUAAGGUGAGUGACGAAAAAGGUGUUGAUAAGGUGGGAAAGGAAAAGAAGCCUGAUAAGGUGAAAGAGGAAAAAGAUGUUGAUAAGGUGAGUGAGGAAAAAGGUGUUGAUAAGGUGAGCCAGGUACGGGACACCGAUAAGGUCAAUAAGAAAAAGGGUGUUGAUAAGGUGAAAGAGAAAAAAGCUGUUGAUAAGGUGAGCAAGGAAAAGGGGACUGAUAAGGUGAAAGAGGAAAAAAGUGUUGAUAAGGUCAAUAAGAAAAAAGGUGUUGAUAAGGUGAAAGAGAAAAAUGGUGUUGAUAAGGUGAGCGAGGAAAAGGAGACUGAAAAGGUGAGAGAGGAAAAAGGUGCUGAUAAGGUGAGAAAGGAAAAGAAGACUGAUAAGGUGAAAGAGGGAAAAGGUGCUGAUAUGGUGAGAGAGGAAAAGCAGACUGAUAAGGCGAAAGAGGAAAAGGGUGCUGAUAAGGUGAGCCAGGAACAGGACACUGAUAAGGUGAAUAAGGAAAAGGGUGUUGUUGAUAAGGUGAAAGAGGGCAAAGCAGAAAAGGAGGUGAAGAAGAAAGAAGGCAAGGAAACAGAAGCAAAAGAAAAAGAGUCAGGAAAGUCCAAGAAGAACCCAAAGUCUGCACCUCCAGCCGUGUCUCGCCCAAGACCCUCAGCCCGCUCUGGCAGGGCGUCUGCCAGGAGGGACAUCAUGGCCAAGUUCCAACAAGGCGCACCCGAGACGCCCGUGACACCAAACUUCAAAAUUCAAAAGUCUGCGUCCGCCUCGGCCACUGGUGCCUCCAUCAAGCACAGGAUGCUGCAGUGGUGCCAGAGCAAGACACGCAACUACCAGGGUGUCAACAUUGAAAACUUCUCGUCGUCUUGGUGUGAUGGGAUGGCUUUCUGUGCGCUGAUCCACCGCUACUUCCCUGAUGCUUUCGACUACAGCACCUUGAAACCCACAGAAAGGGAAAAAAACUUCACACUGGCCUUCCAGACUGCAGAGUCCUUGGCUGACUGCUACCCCCUGCUGGAGGUCCCCGACAUGCUCCUGAUGGGCAACCACCCGGACCCCAUGUGUGUGUUCACCUACGUCCAGUCCCUGUGCCAGGGCCUCUCCAAGCUGGAGAAGGAGAGGAAAGACAAGGAGGAGAAGGAGAGGAAAGACAAGGAGGAGAAAGAAGGGAAAGCAAGCCAAGAUGCCUCUGGGGCCCAAAAACCAGGAGAGGAAGAGGAGGGUUGUGAGAUGGAGGAAGGCGGAGACGUGUUGGUGGAAGCAGAGUCCUAAGGAAGGCACCACCAAAAAUUGAGAAGGUCUUAGUUUGAUGUUGCUUCAAAAGCAUGAGGACUUAUUUCUACACACGCCACCGUGUUGGUUGGUUGUUUUUAUUUAUUUCAAUGAUUAUUGAAGGAUCAGGGAAUGGGAAGUAAGAAACAAUUGCAGUUGUGUGAUGAUAUCAAUGUUGUAUAUCACCACAGUAUCGUUUUCUGGGCUGUGUAUCGCUAACAUGUACAUACUUACAGUUACACUUUCAAGACACGGACAAUACACCGUACUGCAUCAAAAAGCGACAUCGGUGAGUAAAGGAUAUCACCGCAUGGGAACACUUCAGAAAACCACUGUCAGUAUAACUACAGUUGGUCGCUACAUCUGUAAGUGCAAGUUAAAACUCUAUUUUGCAAAGCGAAAGCCAUUUGUCAACAACACCCGGAAAUGCCGCCGGCUUCGCUUGGGCCCCGAGCGCAUCUAAGAUGGACUGAUGCAAAGUGGAAAAGUGUUCUGUGGUCUGACGAGUCCACAUUUCAAAUUGUUUUUGGAAAUUGUCGUCUGGAACAAAGAGGAAAAGAACCAUCCGGAUUGUUAUAGGCACAAAGUGUAAAAGCCAGCAUGUGUGAUGGUAUGGGGGUGUAUUAGUGCCCAAUACAUGGGUAACUUACACAUCUGUGAAGGCGUCAUUAAUGCUGAAAGGUACAUACAGGUUUUGGAGCAACAUAUGUUGCCAUCCAAGCAACGUUACCAUGGACGCCCCUGCUUAUUUCAGCAAGACAAUGCCAAGCCACCUGUUACAACAGCGUGGCUUCAUAGUAAAAGAGUGUGUGAGCAAAUUGUUUAAGAACAACAUUUCUCAACCAGACAUUGCAAGGAAUUUAGGGAUUUCACCAUCUACGCUCCGUAAUAUCAUCAAAAGGUUCAGAGAAUGUGCAGAAAUCGCUGCACGUAAGUAAUGAUAUUACGGACCCCGGAUCCCUCAGGCAGUACUGCAUCAAAAAGCGACAUCAGUGUGUAAAGGAUAUCACCACAUGGGCUCAGGAACACUUCAGAAAACCAUUGUCAGUAACUACAGUUUGUUGCUACAUCUGUAAGUGCAGGUUAAAACUGUACUAUGCAAAGCGGAAGCCAUUUAUCAACAACACCCAGGAACGCCGCCAGACUUUUUUCGGCACUGACAGAUACAUACAGGUUUUGGAGCAACAUAUGUUGCCAUCCAAGCAACAUAAUGAUGGACGCCCCUGCUUAUUUCAGCAACACAAUGCCAAGCCAUGUGUUACGACAGCGUGGCUUCAUAGUAAAAGAGUGCGGGUACUAGACUGGCCUGCCUGUAGUCCAGACCUGUCUCCCAUUGAAAAUGUGUGACGCAUUAUGAAGCCUAAAAUACCACAACGGAGACCCCCGGACUGUUGAACAACUUAAGCUGUACAUCAAGCAAGAAUGGGAAAGAAUUCCACUUCAAAAAUGUGUCUCCUCAGUUCCCAAACCUUUACUGAGUGUUGUUAAAAGGAAAGGCCAUGUACGGUAACACAGUGGUAAAAAUGCCCCUCUGACAACUUUUUUGCAAUGUGUUACUGCCAUUAAAUUCUAAGUUAAUGAUUAUUUGCACAAAACAAUUAACAGUUUACCAGUUGGAAUAUUAAGUAUCUUGUCUUUGCAGUCUAAAAGUUGAGAAGGGUUUGCAAAUCACUGUUUUUAUUUACCAUUUACACAACGUGACAACUUCUCUGGUUUUGGGUUUUGUACAUUUUCGGU